CACUGUCGCCGACCAUACUGAACGAGACGUAUCUUGCUAGCUGUCUCGUGCUAAUUGUUGGAUAUACAAACUGCGCAAAGUCGAAAAGAAAAAACGACGAGAAGACUGCACUCAAACUUAAUUCGUGUGUAUUCUCUUGUGUUGUCUUUUUCAGAAUUCGCGCAGUUAAUAUACCCAACUGACCACACUUUUUCUGGAGCGCUAAGCCUCUUGCGUGUGUGUUCAUAAACUGCUAUAUACUUCCUCGCCACGAGUGCUACCGGAGCGACACACGCAUCGGGCUGCACCGUCGCGGGCUCGUAAAAUGCCCCGCACAACACAAACGAAAGGCACAUCCGCCGCGCGAAACCAGACACGGCCGCCGAGGCGACCGCAUCAUCGCCUUCGGUGCCGCUCAUCGCGCUGCGGAAGCAUGAGUGCAAGUUGCUCCGCUGGCGUUUCGGCUCUGGCAGUGCUUCGGCUAGCCGGCGCCUCGCUGCUCAUCGCGCUGGUGGUGCUUCAGUGCCAGUGCGGCGAAGCUUGGCUAGACCGGCAGCGCUCGUGGGCAGGCGUGACAAGGAAGGACCAGGUGGAGUUGCCCCUGUACCUGACGCCGUACAUGGUGCAGGGGAGGGUACGCGAUGCCCGGGAGCGCAGCCGCGUGGGCACCAUCGAUGGCUCGCCGGACAUCGAGAGCUACGCGGGCUUCCUGACGGUGCGCGAGCGGCAGCUCAACCACCUGUUUUUCUGGUUCUUCCCGGCCAUUAAGAAACACUCGGGCAGCGCGAGUCCGCUGGUGCUGUGGCUCCAGGGCGGACCAGGCGCGCCCUCCGUGAUGGGGGCGCUGGUGGAGCACGGUCCCCUGCGCGCCGUCGCCGACGGCACGGCCACCUUCCGGGCGCACACGUGGACCCAGGAGGCGUCGGUGGUGUACGUGGACCAGCCCGUGGGCACAGGCUUCAGCCACUCGCACGACGGCGUCGACGACCACUGGUACUGCGCCAACGCCUCGGACGCGGCCGCCGACCUCUACGAGUUCAUGGGCCAGUUCUGCGUCAUCUUUGCUGCCGAGUGCCACAGCGCCGACUUCUUCAUAGCCGCCGAGAGUUACGCAGCCAAGUUCGCGCUGGCACUGGCGACCAUGAUGAACAUGAUGCGGGACGAAGAUUCCCAGCCGCGGCUCAAGGGCCUCGUCCUGGCCAGCCCGUUCGUGGACCCGGAGAACCAGCUGGACAACAGCGAGCUGCUGCACCAGACCGGGUUCCUGACCGACGCUCAGGCGGCGCUCCUCUGGGAGCAGUACAACCGGGUGGCACGCCUCAUCCGCCGAGGGAACUACACGGCCGCCAAAGACCUCCUGGAGGACAUAAUAGACGGCAACCCGACCGUGUCGACGACGCUGUUCGGCAACUUGACGGGCCUGCGGCAGGCGUACGACCUGGACCUCACGCACCCUCCGGCCAUCUUCACCGUCUACGAGGAGUUCGUGGAACGGGCCGAGGUGCGCCGCGCCCUGCACGUGGGCCGCCGGCUGGUGUUCAUGGCCGACGGCGACGCCGUCACGCACAACAUGUACGCCGACAUUCUAGUCUCGUACAAGCACCAGCUGGCCGACCUCCUCGACCAGGACCUCAAGGUGCUGGUGUACGGAGGCCAAAAAGACCUGAUUACUCCCUUCAGUUCAGUGGAGCGUUUCAUGAAGACGCUGAACUGGAAAGGCCAGAGGGAGUACGCCACCACGCCGAGGCUGCCCUGGCGACUGGGCACGGACCAAGUGCUGGGCUAUUACCGCCACGUGCAUAACUACACCGAGGUGCUGGUGAGAGGAGCCGGCCACGUGACAGCUUUCGACAAGCCUAAGGAAGUGUUGGCGCUCGUCACCAGGUUCAUCUACGGCGCACCGAUCGAGGAUGCACGCUGAUUGCGUCGCCGAAUAAAUUAGGACGCCGGCUAUCAAAGCGCCACCUUCGGUUUUGCGACGAGUAAGACGAAGUUUAUAUGGUGUACUGGAAUAGGGCAGUGUGUCGUCCGAGGGCGAAAACGUGCCUCUUUUUGCGAUGACGGCCUGGGGUGUUGGAGCACCCCGGUCUACUGUAGCGUCAUCUGUCGCUGCAGCCUGAAGUCAUUGCUGGCAAGCAGAGCCAUAAUGGUACAACACAGGGCCUCCGGGAUCGGCAGUUAUGAUUGUCGCGGAGGUCAUGCAUGUCCGUUCAAGCUCGCCGAUGGCUUGCUGCUGUUUUUCCUGCCGCGUUUUAUGUGCAUGAGGUUCCUGCACAGCGAUAAAAACAACUACGGGCUUCUUCAGAUCGGGUACAUUGGGAACAUUGGCUGUACUCUUGUCCAUCGGCGCUCUUUUGCGUAGCGAAAUGUGCAAACGAUGGCGGCUGCCUUCGUCACAGAGCAUUGUUUUUUCUUCAGUGAAACCUGCCGACCGCUUUUAUGGCUGAUGCAACAUGACAGGAAUCCCGUGCAAUCCACCAGGCACAGUGCAGGUGCUCCUUCCGGGCUUCUCAUCCUCGUGUGUUUCGAAAUACUUCGAUAAAAAUAACAUGUGCGUGCUUACCGGACGGAAUGAGCAGA